CUCUCCCUUUUAAUACUUCCUGUCUGCCGCACCCGGUUAGGGCCACAAAAAGUACUAGUAGUCUAGUUAUUGCCAGAAUCUGCACUCGACUACGUUGCUGUACAGAAAUGUUAAUCUUCUAUUAAAUAUGGGCAGACCAGACGUGUUGUUAUAUGUAUUUAUUUUAAGCUCUUGUGGGGUAGCAUACCAGUGGGGAAGGUGUGGGGACCGUAGCUGCCCCACUGUCCACAUUAGCAUCGACCAUCAGAUUUCAGCUGUUACUGUCAGCGAGUUCUUCCUUUCUGUAGCAAUUGAUGCCAGUCUGCUCACUAAAGACGAGAAAUAUAUCACCCUGCUGGGAUCUGAGAAACUGCAGGCUUUGGCAAAAGGUUUGUCCCCAGGUUACCUGCGAUUUGGUGGAACUAAAGGAGACUUCUUAGUGUUUGAUCCCAAAAAAGAAUCAUCUGUGACAGAGGACAAACAGUGGCAAAUUCAUCAUGGACAGGACCGCUGCAAGAAACAACUGAUUCCUCCUGAUGUAGAGGAGUAUUUGCAGUCAUGCUGGGUUGUUGAUGAGCCCUUAAUGCUGAAGGAAUACUAUGAACCGAUGACAAUAACAAGACGCACACUGGAUGCACUGUAUGACUUUGCUAAUUGCUCUGGAUUCCAUCUAAUAUUUGGACUAAAUGCCUUGCUUCGUAAAACCGACUUAACAUGGAACAGUUCAAAUGCAGAAGAACUUCUGAAUUACUGUGCCUCCAAACAAUAUAGCAUGUCAUGGGAACUUGGCAAUGAGCCUAAUAGUUUCAGACACAAAGCAGGAAUUUACAUUGAUGGUUAUCAGCUUGGAGAAGAUUUUUUAAUUCUUCGUAAACUUCUGCAGAACUUCAAAAUCUAUAAGGAUUCUCAACUUUUUGGACCAGAUAUUGGUCAACCCAGGAGGGGAAAAGAGUACUUGCUUGAGAGUUUCCUAGAAAAAGGAGGGAAAGCACUUGAUGCUGUGACAUGGCAUCAUUACUAUGAAGAUGGAAGAAAAGCUGUGCUUGAAGAAUUUUUAAGUUCUGAAGUGUUGGACACACUGAUACAAAAAGCAAGAUUUGUUUUAAAGGUAGUAAAUGAGACUGUCCCUGGCAAAAAGGUGUGGCUUGGAGAGACCAGCUCAACUUUUGGAGGUGGAACCCCACAUUUAUCUGACACAUAUGCUGCUGGUUUCAUGUGGCUCGACAAGCUUGGACUGUCUGCAAGACUGGGCAUUGAUGUUGUUGUCAGACAAGUGAUAUUUGGUGCAGGAACCUACCAUCUUGUGGACUCAAAGUUCAGACCCUUACCUGACUACUGGCUGUCUUACCUUUACAAAAAAUUGGUUGGUACUACCGUCUUGACCGUUAACAUUUCUGGAAUGGAAAAGGAAAAAGCUAAGAAAACACUCCGUGUGUAUGCGCACUGCACCAACAGAAACAACCCAGAUUAUCCUAAAGGUGCCAUUACAAUGUUUGCAAUGAAUCUGAGUAACAAGACUGAAGACAUAAAAGUUCUGGAACCCUUAUUUAAUAAGACCAUAGAUCAGUACCUGCUUCUGCCUGCUGGAAAAGAAAAAUUGCUUUCUCAAACUGUCCAGUUGAAUGGGCAAGUCAUUAAGAUGGUGGAUGACAGAACGUUUCCAGCACUGAAAGGAAAACCACUUCCCCCAGGAACUGUCCUGGAACUGCCAGCUUUUUCCUAUGCAUUUUAUGUCAUUAAAGAUGCCAAGGCUGCAUCAUGCAGUUGAACCUGCUUUCUUUUUUUCAAAACUGUGAUGUACACCAAUGACCACCUAGAACCAGAGUCUAGUCACUGUGAUAAGGCUGUAAUACAAAUAUUUUUGUAAUAAAAUGUGAUGUAUACAGUU